ACUUCAAGAACUUCUCAAAUCUCUGGAAUUUCAUCCGUCUCGUGUGGAGCGUGUUCUCAGACGCUCAAGAGCAUUUCCAGGAUAUUUCAGUUCACUGCUCAGUCGUGUGCAAGAACUAUGGACAGCACGGGGAUUUUGUUUCUCACCCUUCUCCUCCUCUUGUCACAAAGUCCUGCCUCCCUCUCUUUGACAGUGAGCACCAGUGAGGCCAAAAUGGAGGUCCACGAGAACACAGAUGCUGUGCUGUCCUGUCAGUUCAAGACAGAGAAGGAGACUAACCCUCGUAUUGAGUGGAAGAAGAAAGGGAAGGACAUCCACUUUGUUUAUUUCGAUGGAAAAUUCACCGGAUCCUUUGCAGGUCGGGCCAAGAUCGAGGGCGCAACGGUGACACUGCAUGCCGUUACACAGAAGGACUCUGGGUUGUACCGCUGUGAGGUCAGCGCACCAGCAGAUCACACAAAUCUAGGAGAGGUCAAUGUCACCCUCAACGUACUGGUGCCCCCCCACACCCCGUUCUGUGAGGUGCCCAGCUCAGUGCUGUCUGGGGCAGGUGUAGAGCUCCACUGUAAGGACAAACUCAGUGUGCCCCCGCCUACCUUCCUCUGGUACAAAGACAACAAGGCCCUGAGCGCCACACACACCCCUAACAUCGUCUAUAGCAUGGACACUGACACGGGAACACUGAAGAUUAAGAGUGUGUCCAAGGCCGACUCAGGCCAAUACCGCUGUGAAGUCUCCAAUCGCGUGGGGGCGUCCAAAAGCUCUGUGGCCCAUCACAUGAAGGUCAUAGAAUAUCCGUUGAGCAUGACGACACUGAUAGCCGGAGCUGUAGGCCUCUUCCUGCUCAUCCUCAUAUGCUGCCUGGAUGUGUGUCUCCCAUUGACAGGGCUGCUGCAAAAAGGGAUGUGUAAGGACUAUUUGACCAAGAAGGAGAGUGAUGGAGUGCUGCAUCAGAUGACCUGGCAUCCACAAUCACCCAACCUUAACCCAAUUUAGAUGGUAUGGGAUGAGUUGGACCACAGAGUGAAGGAAAAGCAGCCAACAAGUGCUCAGCAUAUGUGGCAACUCCUUCAAGAUGGUUGGAAAAACAUUUCAGGUGAAGCUGGUUGAGAGAAUGCCAAGAGUUUACAAAGCUGUCACUUUGAAGAAUCUCAAAUAUAACAUAGAUUUUCAAUUGUUUAACACUUUUUUGGUUACUACAUGAUUCCAUAUGUGUUAUUUCAUAGGUUUGAUGGCUUCACUAUUAUUCUACAAUGUAGAAAAUAGUCCAAAUUAAGAAAAACCUUUGAAUUAGUAGAUGUGUCCAAACUUUUGACUGGUACUGUUCGUAAUUGAGAUAUUUCUGUAUUUCAUUUUCAAUACAUUUGCAAAAUGGGGUAUUGUGUGUAGAUGGCUGAGAAAAAAAGUAUAUUUAAUCCAUUUUGAAUUCAGGCUGUAACACAACGAAAUGUGGAAAAAGUCAAGGUGUGUGAUUAAUUUCUGAAAGAACUGUAUACACUGAGUAUACCAGACAUUAGGAACACCUUGUGUCCUCAGAACAGCCCCAAUUCAUCGGGGCAUGAACAAGGUGUCCAAAGCGUUCCACAGGGAUGCUGGCCCAUGUUGACUCCAAUGCUUCCCACAGUUGUGUCAAGUUGGCUGGAUGUCCUUUGGGUGG